AACCUUACCUAUUGAAAUUAAGCUGCUAAAUUAAGUCUUACCUAUUGAAACGCAGAGCUAUAAGCGAUAAGCAGAGAGCUCGCCGCACUUUACUACACUCAAUACCCAAUCCUCUUCUUCACUAAACUCAAGAACCGAAGAGUCCUUCUCUUUUCUAGGAGGUGAAUUUUUAUCUCCAGUGUAAUAAAUAGGAUGUCUGAUUCGAACGUAGAACCUUCCUCUAGUCCCGACUUCUUCGACGCUCCGACUGGCGAAGAAGCUGAAAUGAAAGGUAGGAGACAGAAAGGAGAUAUUGAUCUGAUAGACGUUGUGAAUAAUCUUCGAAGCAAAAUUGCUGCCUGUGGUCAUACUCUUAAUGUAUCUCUACCGCAAAUUGUCGUCGUAGGAGGCCAGAGUUCUGGCAAGAGCAGCACCCUUGAAAGCUUCGUUGGGAGGGAGUUUUUACCUCGGGGAACUGGUACUGUUACCAGAAGACCAACCAUUGUUCAGAUGACCCCAAAUCAACAUGAAGAGUAUGUAGUGUUUUCUCACAAGCCAGAAGUCCGAUUUACUGACUUCAAGAAAGUAAGAGAGGAGAUUGAAACAGAGACUCGUAGGUAUCCAGGACCUACUGGAUUCACGUCAGAUCCCAUAAUCAUGCAAAUAUACUCUCCUCGAGUUUUAAAAUUAACUGUAGUGGAUUUGCCUGGUUUGAUCAGGAACGUUCCAGACGGGGAUGCCCGUAGUAACAUCCAGGAAGUACGAGAGAUGGUCCUGAAAUACAUUGAGCCCAAGGAAGCCCAUUCUUGCCAUCAUUCCUGCCACUCAGGAUUUUCUAACUUGUGAUUCCCUUGAAAUAGCAAGGGAAGUGGAUCCUAAGAGGGAAAGGACCAUCGGAGUUGUAACUAAACUUGAUAGACCUAACGAUGGAGAUUACAAGGAUGUUUUGGAAAAUAGAAAAAUAUAUCUACAGAAAGGAUAUGUUGGUGUGGUGAAUAGAAAUGACACUGAAGACGAGAAAGACUUGGAGGAGAUACUUAAGAAAGAGAGAGAAUUCUUUGAAAACCACGUAGCUUUCAAGAGCAUUAAACAUAAAAUGGGCAUUCCUUAUCUCAUUCAAAUGCUACAAAAAACUCUGAGGACACAUAUACUCAAGUUUUUGCCACAGCUGCGGACAGAUAUAUCUCAGAAACUUGUCGAACAUCAAAAAGAGCU